GGAGGGGGCAGAAGGCAGAAACUUUUUGACUUGAAGUACAUGUCUGCUGUGAGAUGUGUAUGAACUGAAAGACGUACCCCUGCAAGUGGUUGAGUUGUAGGUUUUGCUGUUGACAGCAUUUUCCUUUGUGUUUUGUAGUUUCAGUGCUUGUUUUGUUUUAUUAUUUAUUAUUAUUUUAUUAUUUAACAACAUUUGAACGCAUUGCUCAAGCAUGCAGAUGGCCUAGGCAAGAUUGGGCAUUGCAUCUUCUUCCGCUGUUAACUGGUAAGGCGAGAGCAGCCUAUGUGGCCAUGGAUUCUGAUGAUGCUAUAAACUAUGAUGAUGUUAAACAAGCUAUUCUUGACCAGUUUGAAAUUAACAAUGAGAUGUACAGACAACGCUUCAGAUCGUACAGUGCCCAGGAGGAUGAGACUCCAAGAGAGCUGCAAGUAAGAUUGAAAGACUUGUAUGAGAAAUGGAUGACUCCUAAACAUCGAACGAAAGAAGAGAUCGGUGACCAGAUUGUGUUAGAGCAGUUCCUUAAGUUACUUAGUCUAGAUACGAGAACAUGGGUGAAGCAGAACAACCCUACUUCAUCUAAGCAGGUGGCAGAGAUGGCAGAGGCCUUUAUGGCAGCAAGACGAUCUUUGAAUCAACCCAGACGAUGGCGGAACUACAGUAUCAGCCCAACUGGUGCUGACUGGGACCACUGGCUGCCCUAUCUGAUGUUUGCCUACAGGGAAGUCCCACAGGUUUCCACGGGAUAUUCACCCUUUGAGUUACUGUACGGUCGUCAGGUUCGUGGGCUGCUAGAUGUCUUAAAGGAGGCUUGGGAAGCAGAUAAUGGAAGCGAGCACAUCUUAUCUUAUGUCAUCAAGAUGCGGGAGAAGAUGGAUUCUAUGGUGGAAAUGGUGAGGAGUAAUAUGACAAAUGCCCAGCAACAGCAAAAGCAGUGAUAUGACCAAUCAAGCAGGAGUAGAACUCUUUCACCAGGGCAAAAAGUCUUGCUUCUGCUUCCCACAUCAGACAGCAGCUUAUUGGCCAAAUGGCAAGGGCCAUAUGAAGUGGUACGGAAAUUGAGCUCUACCAAUUAUGAAAUCCUUCUACCUGAUCGUUGAAAGAAAUAUCAGGUAUUUCAUAUUAACCUCCUAGUAGUAGUAGUUUAUUUCUUCAGUCAUUCAGAAUUAACAACAUACACAAACAGAAUUAUUAUAGUACAGCGAUGACUGAAGGGGUUUAGGCUGAAGUGAAACACUUAUUGAUGCCUAACCCUAUUUACACCAAGAUUUAAAUACCCAGCAUGAGGCAACAAUAAUCAGAAAGUAGCAAAGUGGAAACAAAUGUAAGAAUAUUACCAGCUAUAUAUUAACAGCUCAUACGACUAACAUAUUAAUGAAAUUUUCCAAAUGUAAACCAUUACUAAUAACAUUACACAAGUCACCUUGUUAAUUUUCCUCUAAACAUUUCAUUACCUUAAUUCUGCCAUGAAUCAUUUCAUUAUACACCGGCCUUCUACUUAUUUUACUGGUAUUUAAACUAAACAAUAUCAUUCUAAUGCAAUAUAGCUACCAAUCACAUUUGGUUUAAAUUUUUUUUUGAACAUCCUUAUUGAUUUAGA